CGCCUUAUGCGUCAAAAUUUACUUUUUUGCAGUAGUUGCUUGUUCGUGUGUGUUGUGUGCAGUGUUUUGUGCUUUGCAUAUGUAAUAACAGACAAAUGAACUCGACGACAUUACAGCUUGAAUGUGGAAAAGUAACAGUUGUUUGUGAAAUUCGGACUGCUAAUUUGCAAUACUCAGCGAAUUGGGAAACGUGAGAUUAAUCGACGAAUUUGGUGUUUCAAGUGCAAGUCCUUAUAAAAGAGGCCGAGCUGUGUGGCCCGGCGGAAUUACACGAUGGAAACUGCCGAUCUUAAUGGCGGGAACGCCGAGGUGGCGUGCGAAGGUUCUAACCUAGAAACUGUUGAACAGCAAUCAACAUCAGCAGAGAAACAAUCGAACGAAAAAUCUGAAGAAACUAAGGAAAUUGAACAAGAAAUAAAUGGGGAUUCAACAGAUUUGUCAAAAACUGUCAUGUCACCGACGCGAAGAACUUUGCGUAAAACCAAGGCCAAUUCGACAAGCACCGUCGAAGCCGUCGAGAAUGACGCAAAACCCAAAAUGAAGGGAUGUAAACGGAAACUUUCAGAUCCUGAUAUAAAUUCCGAGGAAUCACUUGAUUUCACCGGCUUUGAUAGUCGCUAUUUUGAUAAUUCUGAGUCGGGAAAUUUAGUUCUUCAAAAAUUAAUUGCUGAAGUAGAAUUAACGGUUGGCACAAAAGCAAAACGUGGUCGUCCUUCACGAAAAAGUUUAUUGAGUGACAAUAAACCAGAUGAUAUUUUAAAUGACGUACGUGAAAUUAUGUCCGCCAAAGAGCCCGAACCAAUGGAUGUUGUGAAUAAUUUUAAAGCUGAACUAACACAUCAAAAAUCUGAAGAAUCAGUUAGUAAAUCGCCCGUUGUUUCAUCUGUAAAUAAUAGUACGCCUAAUAUUUCGGCAAAAUCAAAAACAAAUCGUUCAUUGCAACAAACAACCAGUCCUUCGACUCCAGUUGGAAAGCCAAAAACUGACAUGUCAAAUCCUGCUUUUCUUGAGCCAUUUAAAAAUGGUUGGAAACGAGAAUUAGUUUAUCGUGGUGCUGGAAGUGAAGCUAAUCUCAAAAAAAUGGCUGAUAUUUAUUAUAUCACACCUCAAGGAAAAAAAAUUAGAAGUUACAAGGAAGUCUCUUUCCAUUUAACAGCGAAAGACAAUAUGACAAUGGACAAUUUUACUUUCCAUAAAGAACCUCUUGGCUUGAAUGAUCCCGAAAAGGAAAUAAUCCGCGUAGCCAGAAGACAAGGAAAGGAUAACACUCCAGCAGCAAAAACUCCAGUAGUUAAAAAAGUAGCUGCUGCUGCUACUACUACUGCUGCUGUCACUGUCGCCAAAAAAACGCCAGCGAAAAAAACAGAAAAUCUUCCAUCACAAGUAUCUACACCAGCAGUUGCUAAAUCCACUCCCUCUAAACCGGUUGGAAGACCACCAAAAAAUACACCAGCUUCACAGAAAGUUAAACCUGCGAAAAAAACUCCAUUAAAAAAAGAGGCGAAACAAAAGCAAUUGGAACAAAGACAACCAUCACCGCCUGCAGUUACUGAAGCUAAGGAAAAUGAUUUGUCACCGGCAAGAUCUUCCCCAGCCACUAGACGCAGUCAACAGGCAAUUGAAAAAACUGUUUCGCCGAAAGCAAAACGACCGUUAAAGGCCAAAGUUCUGGAACCGUGUAGUCUACGAUGUUCAACCAGUAUGGGACAGAUACCCAGUUUACAAUGUUCAGUCUGCCUUUGUCUUUAUCAUCCCGAAUGCGUUCACGUUUUGGAAUAUGCAGGCUGCGAUUAUGUCUGUGAGAAUUGUCGACAGGAUUCAGAGGAAACAGUGUCACAACUUCAACCGCAAAAUUCGACUCUUACGCCACCUCCAUUAAUACCAAUUAGUAUGAUAGGUACAUCAAAUAUUAAAUCAAAACAUCCAGGUAAUAUAGCACCUCCAAAAUUACAACGUAUACCAAAAUCCGAUGGUACGGAUAAAAAUUUACGAAUUGUUUCGAAAUAUUUAAAAUCAGGUCCCUGUCCACCACCACCAACACAAGUAGCAUUGCCACCACCGCCUACUCCUCCUCCUCCACCAACACCUCAGUCUCAUUCAGUAUCACAAUCUGAGAAAAAGGAAGCAGCUUUGUUUAAUAAGAAUGACAAUAAUGAAUAUCGUCACAGUUAUGAUGGAUCAGUACCAAAACCUGCACAGAAUAUUGCCACAAUGGCAGGCAAACGUUAUAUAAUUAUACCAAAAAAUAAUUCCAUGGCAGUGCAACCUGCUAUUACUGUAAAACAAGAUAAAAUUGUUGAGAAAACUCCAGCUCUACCAAUUAAUUCUUCCACUGAUAAUACUAGUAGUAUUGUUGACGAGGAAAUUUCGACUCCUCCAAUUGUUGAACAAAUUGAAAAAUCAAAUGAUAAUAUCAAUGAUGGUGAUAAUAGUGAAAUUUCCAUGAUAAUUUCAAGUGAACAAAAUCAAAAAGAAAAUUUAAAAGAUGAUCAUGUUGACGAUUCGAAAAGUAUUUCAAACGAUGAUUCUACAGAGACUAAAGAAAUUGUAGAAGAUGGAAAAGAAUUAUCCACUUCAAUGGAAAUUGAUUUAAAUGAUAUUUCUGAACAGAAUUUAUUAGUGGAAUCAAGUGAGGCUAGUAAAUCGUUGGAAAUUGUGAAUUUGGGAAAGAAAAAAUUGAAAAAAUCAGUGGGAAAAAAUCGAAGAGGUGUGAGAAAUAAAUUUUUAUCGAAUGGUACUUUACAGAAGGGUUCUCCAUUAAUACAAAAAUCAAAUAAUUUAGAUGAUUUUCCAUCAACGGCAAUUCAGAAUAUUGCAAAAGCGGGACUAAAAAGGAAACAAAUUCAAGUUGAAACAGAUCAAAGACAACAUUUUAUGGUAUCAGUUUGUGCUGGUUAUCAUGCAUUAUCGAAAGUCUUUCAAUACUUAAAAGUUCAAGAAUUGUUGAGAGUUGGUCGUGUUUGUAAAAUGUGGCGUGAUCUCGCUGCACAUCCAUCAUUAUGGAAAACUGUACGAAUGAAAAAUAGUCAAGUGACCGAUUGGGAUGGUUUUGCUGAAACUUUAAAGAAACGUGGUACACAAUAUUUGGAUUUGAGAAAAAUGAUAUUUUCUGGUGAAUCUGAUGCAAUGUGGAGAAAUUUUGCAGCUGUUAUACCGCACGUGAAUAGUCUUGUGAAAUUGGAAUUUUGUCGAUGUUCCGAAAUUGGUGUUGAAGAAGUCAUUAAAAAUUGUUCACAAUUGGAAAUUUUAAUAGCACGGAUGAUUAAAUGUGACACAUUGAAUUUGGAUGCCUUGGGAAAUCUUAAACGAUGCCGUGAAUUAAGACUGAAAUCGUUGGAAGGAAUGUAUUUACAAGAUGAUUUAUCGUCUAUAAAAGAAUGCACUCAUUUGACAUUUUUGAGUCUCACGACGAUUAAAGAUCUCGGUCAGAAGAAACUCGAGGCAUUACAAUUUCUAGUUAAUUUAGAGACACUUGAACUCGGUGAAUGUACUGAUUUCCCGGAAAACUUUGGCAAAGAAGCACUAGUGAAAUUAAAUAAAUUAGAACGAUUAAGACUGGAAAAAGGACAAGGUACAUGUUCGACUUUUGAUAUUUUGGAAGGCGCUUCAAAAAUAGAAAAUUUAAGUCAAUUGGAACUUGUUAAUUUUGAUGUGAAAAAUGGUUUUGACAAAUAUUUGGCAAAAUGUACAAACAUCAAAAGAUUAUUAAUUAUACCAACGUACAUAUCGCAAUCGGCAACAACAAAUAAUAUGGUAUUGGCUGGUGUUAUUGAACUUUCACAUAAUUUGAUACAUUUUGUUUGGGGUGUCACAUUAGAAUUGUUGCGAGUCACUGAAUUAUUUGUCGAUCAAUGUAAUCAAAUGAAUAAAACAGUUAGUGGUGACUCGAUACCAGUGUUGAAGCCAGUACCGUGCUUAAAAUUGAUUCAAGAUAACGUCGAUGAUGCGGAAAGUAAAAAAGAAGACGAUGAUAAGCAAGCGAGUGGAUCAAAUCCCCAGGUGGAUAUUUUACCCAUGUCCCAAUUGCAAAAACUUUUACUCACCGCAUUACCGAAAACAAGAGUGAAGAUUUUGAAAAUUCCUUUUAACGCUACAUGGAGGCAGAAUAUUUCUGAUACAAUUUCACAAUAGAAAAAAAGAAUGAAAUUAAUUUAAAAAUAUUAUUCAAUAUUGAUCUUUGAGAGAUUUGUUUCUUUUUUUUCUUUUCUUUUGAUAAGAAAAAAAAAUUCACAAGAAGAUCUUGAUAAUUGUUGUGAACAUUUUACAACAAGUAUUAUUAAUUGUGCAACUUUUAUUCGAUACUUUGCCCAAUCAUUUAUUGAAAGUGAGUGAGUGUGAAAAAUAAAAUCAAUUAUGUGCGGACAAAGACGGAUCAAACAAAACCCUCAUUAAAUACAGAGGUACUGCUUAGUUUCAGGUAAAUUUUAACAUUAAAAACAACAACAAGAAAUUGUUUGCUGUCAUUAAAGAACACGUCCAAUCGAAUUGACAGUGAGUUUAUUGCUUUGUUUAAAAUGGAACAAUAAAUAUGAUAAAUAUUUAUCAAAAAGAAAAAAAAAAUUUUUGCAGUAAGAUUAUAUUUAGACGUUAGAUUGUAUAAUAUUAUGAAAUAUUAUAUAUAUAAUAGUUCUAAUUACUGUUUGGGUUUUAACGCUGCAAAGAAGUUUUUGGGAGAAAUUAUAUUGGUAACUUGAUAAAUUUUGUAAAAAAGAAAAAAAAAUACAUCAUCUUUCCUGAUCUUGGGGAUCAUUAAAAUGAGGGAUAUCUAAGAAAGCCCGGCGAUGUGAUAGGAGACUUUAAAAAAAAGGUGAAAAAAAAUUAUAUUUAUACAUAUAUUAUAUAAUUAUAUAUAUCUCAUUGUUAUCCUAGAAUGACUGAGAGGCUUUGUAGAAUAUUAGAGGCAUUUCUUAAGAAUUAGAUUUAGAUUUCUUUGUAAUUUUCAAAUAUGUUCUCUUUCUUUUUAAUAAUUUUUAAUUCUGUCAAAAAAAAAUAUAUGAAAAUAUAAAAUAUA